CACAGAACUCCUCGAAGAAGUGCUCAACCUCGCGAAGGUGACCAUUGGAACAGACAACGAGAUACUGCUUUACGUAAUCAACGUACCUACAUUUUACCCACAAAACUAUGAUGAUAUUAGAAUUGAGGCAAUCUUCAAGAAAUCAGAACGCAUCCAACUAAAGGGAAAUAACUACAUCAAAGGAUCUACAGAACUUUUACUCCAGAAAAACCCAUGUAAACGAUUUGGCAAUUGGAGCCUUUGUUACAGAUCAGACCUAUAAGAUGUUUCCGAAGACAGAUGCAUUUCUAAAAUAGUCAAGGGAAUAUAAAGCAGAUGCACAUAUGAACACGUUUCUACACAUCCACCUACAGUCCAACUGAGCCCGACGACGGUGCUCCUUAACGACAUCAAUAACACUCUACAUAACACGUGCGGAAUUACCGAUAGAAACCUGACCGGCUCUUUCAUCAUCGUAUAUCGAAACUGUUCAAUAACAAUUGAAAAGUACAAGUAUGCUAACAAUAUCAUCAGAACAAUCAAUCAACGAAUCUUCAUCCCAUCCACAAGUUUGAUAGUGAUGCAAGAAAGUGUAGAAAACAAAAUUGACGUCCACUCACUUCACCAACGACAACACCAGCAUCUUAAAUAUUUGGAACAUCUCAAGUCAGAGACAACCGUGCAUAGUUGGUCUCUCAUAGGAGGAUUUUCAUUUUCAUUUACGUCCAUAAUCCUCAUCAUAAUUUUCAUUCUGAUCAAACUUCGAUCCCAAGGCACAGUAGUUCAAAUCAACCAAAAGAAUGAAUCAACGGAUCCCAUAGAAGCAGUAAACACGCAGUACUAUCAACCGGCAUCUUCAUAUUUAGCCAAACCAGCAGUUUAACGUUGACCCAGGAGGUUCAACACUCAAAGAAACUCUACCGGUGCUGAAUACGCUCAACAUAUCGCACAAUUAUUUGAAGUCGGCUGAGAGUUUGGAGCAUCUUAUAUUGUGUCACAACAUCUCGGUCUUGGAUAUCUCCCAUAACCGUAUCGAUGAUCUUGCCGUUGUGAAGGUUUUGGCCGAUAUGAGAGAACUGCGUGUACUGACGAUGACUGGUAAUCCGGUAGUUAACAUCAUACCGGCCUACAGAAAAACUUUAAUUCUUGAAUGCAAAAACCUUACCUAUCUUGAUUCUCGACCUGUAUUUGAUCGUGAUCGGGCAUGUGCUGUCGCAUGGAAGCGUGGUGGACAUGAAGAAGAGCGAAAAGAGCUUCAGCGCUGGAAAAGGGAGGAACAGAGGAAAAUUCGAAGAAGCAUCAAUGCAACCCUGCGAAUGCGUCACCGUGGUGAUGGCGAACCCGAGCUUUUGAGAACCAGCAGUGACGAAGAAGAUAGCACGCCCAGGAAUGGUAAAAAAUGUGCUUCAAUUGUGGAGAUUGAACCGAAAAGCAACGAACAAGCAUGGAACGAGGUUGAACAAAUUCUUUGCAAAUCUUCAGCUGCUGCCGGAUCUCAUGGUGUUUACCAAAGGUUUGCAUCUAACAGAGGUGGGGGGAUCGAAGAUGAAGUGGAUCAGGCAAAUGACGAUAGUGAUAGUGAUAUAAACGAGGUUCAUGGAAGCAAAAAAGUGUUGGAGGAUUGUCAAUCAGUAAAGAAACUUAUUGAAGAAAUUGUUCCCGCUGAAGAAGGGUGCAUAAACGACAGUGCUGAGAAGAUGACUGACGAUACUUUUGUCUUGUCUACGGCAUACCAAGGAAAUAAGAGGAAGCUUAUUGAAGAGAUUACAUCCGACCAUGAAGAGUACGUGCCAACCAAUGAUACACCAAUUAAUGAUGAACCGAAAAAAGUCUCAGAAAUAGGGUGUGGAAAAGGUUUUGAAAUUCCAACUGAUGAGCAGGAACCGAUCGUUGAAAUAGAGAACAAGACAAAGAUAGCAAACAAAAUGGAUAAAGUGAAAUCCACAGAGCUGGAAGAUGAUACUCUAAAUGUCGUGAUUAAAAACAACGACGGAAUAUCCAUUACUAUGGAAUCGAAGGAAGGUGAAUUGAUAAGUAUGGUUGAGAGCCGACCGGCGUCUUCUGCAGAAAAACUGUACAAAUCUGUGUCUAGCAAAGAGGAGGGUGGAUCAGAAUCAGAGCCAUCCGAAGUACUGAACGAAAAUCGUGAACACAAGAGUAGUAGCGCUUCUGAUGUCUAUUCCUCUGAUAGUGGCGAUAUGUUUGACAGAAUUGUUCCCACAAGACAUCGCAAGCUGGCCACUAACUACUGUACGGAAUCGGAUUCGAAUUCUUCCAACGAUUCGGAGCAAGAAGCGGAAAAGUUCCCUGAUAAACUGGAGCGGGAGAAAUCGAUUGCGGACUAUAUUGACGAGUAUAAGAAGUUUUUCCAAUCCGCGAAAGUGUUGGAUUCGGAACCGGGUCAGACGAAUCGGAACAAGAUUGUGCGACCUCAAACGGCCAAAUACAGGCGUACUUAUCCAAUUGUGUACGAAGGUGUGUUGAAGUCUAUCGAAAGGGAUUCAAAUGAAGUGAAAAUACAAGAGGCUAAGGUUAAGGCGGAUCAAUCCAGAAGGAGUGUUAUUGAUCGUUUGAUGAAACAACAGCAACAAGAACCAGCGGUUAUGAAUUUGGAAGAAAUGAGCAUUUCGAUUGGUGGUGAAGAACAUAAUUUCAACGAAUACAGAUUAGAUGUCUUCCGAAAGGACCAGGAAAAACUUCAAGCUUUGAUCGAUAGAGUAACGGCACAGAAAGACAAAUACAACGCCCAUAUUGAUCAAAUUCAUGACCAGCUGGCUAAUAUAAUGGACGAUUACGGGCAAAUUAGCGAGAAACUACGAAAGGUUGAUGAUCUUAUUAAAAAUAUAAGCAACGAAGAAAAGCUUCCUUGUGACGAUAGACAAGACUCACAGGAAGCAACAAAUAACGUUGAGAACCACAUCGUCGAAGAGCUGGAAAGUCAUGAAGAUGUAACACACAUCGAUGAACACGAAGAAUCGAAAACUGCAGUUCAGACGAUAGUAAACGAAAUUAUUUUCGGAGGUAAAAAGAGCGGAUCUUUGAAUAACUUGAUGGACGAAUCUGACAACUCUGCGGUAUCUUCUUCGGAAGAAUCAACCGACGAAGACGAAACACCUCUUAUUAGUCAGGAUAGUACUGUCUUAGAAUUGUUGGCCUCUCCAAAGCCGAUUAUUGUUCCGGAAGAAAAAUUAGGAUCCCACACGAUACAUGAUUUCACCCAGGAUCCGGUCUACCAAAAGUUUAUUGAAAUUCAGGAAGAAAUCGAUGAACUCACAGAAGAUGAGCUUUACAAUAUUGUUGCGGAGGCUUCCGAGGAAUUAUCCGAAGAUCCGAAAGUUACCCAGUGCUUGAACAGCGCCGUUGAUCAGUACUGGAAAAAGUUUGACGAUGUGGAGGAUUUUCGAAAAAACAUUAAUUUGGACUCGCAUCCAAUCAUUCAAAAAUUCCGGCAGUAUAUCCGCUGCCAUUGCGAAGCAGAUGAACAGGAAGAAGCAAUGGCCGAUACGGUUGCCAAUUUGGAUAAGGCUUGCCGGAAAUUAGAAAGACGUCUGUCGAAUCACUUGUUCGACGAGUAUUUGAUUUUGAGCAGGAAACAGAGUAUCGCAACAAUUGGUGGGGAGUCAAGUGCUAACGAGAUAGAGCUAAUUGAAAUAGAGGAAGGCCCAUGUGAGGUUUCCUUAGAUCCAUUGGAUAAAACUACUGCUUGGAAUGAAACUGAAACAGUAGAGAAUACCAGUGCACCGUGUGUUACGAAUGUUGAUCGAUCAGUUCCAUCGGAUAUAAAUAAUCAGGAUUUCGAAGAUGAUGAGUCAAAGCCCGUCCCGACAAUGGAAGAAGAGAAUGUGGUGAAGAACUGUGAACCUCUUGAAACAGAUAUGGAUGUUUUCUUUGAUAAACGCAUUAACACAAAUAACGAUAUUGAAAAUGAUUUAUAAUUAUGCUUACAUUAACUGUAGAGAGCGACAUUAUUUAAUAAAUGCAAACAUUUCUGAACAAUACUAUUUAGGGCUGAAACGCGGUCCUCAGUACUCUAUGGUAACACAUUUGGUUUUGAGAUAUUCGUUGAGGGCCUCUUUACCUAAAAUUAGAAGAAAAAUAAACAUUAGAAAUAAUGGCAAAUAAAUUGGACGAGUGAUCUUGAAAUAAUUGAUUAUUAGAAUUUUCCUUUAUAGUAUUAAACUGAACCAAUAAG